ACACACACGCAGUUGUUAUGGCGGGUCCACAAGUACAACGUCCAGCCAGCGCCUACUAUACCGGUUUAAAUGGUUCAUCAAAUGGUGGCCAUCAUGGCAACAAUGCCAAUGGUGGAGGAGGUGGGGCUGGUCCAGGCGGCGGAGGAGGUUUAGUGACCAGUACAUCGCAUCACACGGGAUUGCACACCAUACGCACCAUAUCACACGAUAGUGAAUUAAUCUAUCGCGGCAGUACAAUAAAUGCCUCGAAUGGUACACAUUUGACACAACAUAACAGCAACAAUAAUGGAACAGGAGGCGGUGGUGGUGGUGGAGGCUCACACACAUCUCUACACCACCACGAAACAUGUACGGCAAGUACCAGUCGUUCCGUUAUACAACAACAACCCGGACCCACCUCAUCAAUAGGUAGCAUAUCUGGUGGUGGCGGCAUUGCCGGUGUCGCCGAUAGUAGUACAAUAAAUAUUGCCUCUAUAGCUGGCACUGGCCAGAAUCCUAGUGAUGCUUUAAUUGUUCCUGUGACAACAGCUUUGCAACAACACCAACAACAACAAUCCUCAGUUUCAGCCGAACAGCAACAUUCCUUUCAAGCUUCCAAUCGUGACAAACAGCGUAGCAUAGAAAUUAUCGUCGACGCCUCAAAGUGUGGCGAUCUGAAGUCAAGUGAAGAUGAUGUGGAACAGGGUAAAUCGAGACGUUCAUCGCGGCAUCGUCAUCGACCGUUACAUCGAAGACUGAUGAACUAUUUGAAGAGUUUCUUUCAUCGAACUACCACACAAACUG